GGGGGCUCCGCACAGGCGCGCCCCGCUGAUUCAACCGCUCUCCUCGCCAGGGCUCCCUCCGGAGGCGCUGGCUGCCUUGCCGCCCGUCUCGUUGGUAGUGUACAGUCUGUCAGGCGCGGGAGGACUGGAGCGAGUUGCGACUCUAUGGGCCACGUUUGGUGUUUACUGGGCAGCCGGACGAGACCUGCCUGAUUGAUUCGCUGCGGCCCGACGUUUCAGAGCUGGCCUCACUGCUCCACGAUGGUUUUCCCUCUGGCCAGGGGCGCACGGGGUCUGCUCCUGACCUUUGCCUUGUGCAUGAGCUUGGCCUGCACCAGCCGUGCCUCUGCCCUUGUGCAUCAUGACUACUGCAUCAUAGGAGCCGGCCCCUCAGGCUUGCAGAUGGCCUAUUUCCUCCAGCAAGCGAGCCGAAAUUACGUGGUGUUCGAACGCAGCCACGCACCCGGCAGCUUCUUUGCCCUCUACCCCCGCCAUCGCAAGCUCAUCAGCAUUAACAAGCGGUACACAGGCAAAUCCAACAGUGAGUUCAACCUCCGCCAUGACUGGAACUCGUUGCUCAGCCACGACAGCCGCCUGCUCUUCCGACACUAUUCCCGUGACUUCUUCCCCCAUGCCGAUACAAUGGUGCGUUACCUUGAAGACUUUGCUUCCAGGCUGGAGCUCCAAGUUCAGUACAACACUGCCAUCACCCACGUGACGCUGGACAGGGAUCAACAGGCAUGGAACGGCCAUUACUUCAUCCUUACAGACCAGAACAGCCAGACCUAUAGAUGCAGCCUAUUGUUGGUAGCCACUGGAACAUGGGUCCCCAAUGUAGUGAGCUUCACUGGCUCAGAAUACGUUGAGGGCUAUGAGACUGUGUCCAUCAACCCAGAGGAUUUUGCUGGCCAGACAGUGUUGAUCUUGGGCAGAGGGAACUCUGCCUUUGAGACUGCAGAGAACAUUCUGGGCGUCACCAAUUUCAUACACAUGGUGAGCCGCUCCCGUGUUCGCCUCUCUUGGGCCACCCACUACGUUGGAGAUCUAAGAGCAAUUAACAAUGGCCUUCUGGAUACAUAUCAGCUGAAGUCGUUGGAUGGACUAUUGGAGGGUGACUUGGAAGAUCUGGCUAUUGUCAAGGACAAGAAAGGGAAGUUGCACAUCACUCUUAGAUUUUACCUGGAGAACAGCAAUAGCAGUGCAGGUGCAGAGACUGUUACCCUCCCACAGGAUGAACUGGACAAUUUUGCCACCCGGGCACCCUACGACCGUGUUAUCCGCUGUCUUGGCUGGAAAUUUGACUUUUCUAUAUACAACCGAUCUCUUCGAUUGAUGCCAGGGAGAGGGAAUAAGAGGAAAUAUCCUCAGAUUAAGCCCAGUUAUGAAUCCCGAGGCACACGAGGGCUCUUUGUCCUGGGCACUGCCAGCCACUCCAACGACUUCAGGAAAUCUGCUGGGGGCUUCAUCCAUGGAUUCCGAUACACAACUCGUGCUGUCCAUCGCUUGUUGGAAAAUCGUCACCAUGGGGUCCCCUGGCCAUCGCCAACCUACCCUAUUACACAGCUGACAAAUUCCAUCAUCAAGCGGGUGAAUGAGGCCUCUGGGCUCUACCAAAUGUUCAGUGUUCUGGCUGACAUCGUUCUGCUAAAAGAGAAUGCCACAGCAUUUGAGUACCUGGAGGAAUAUCCCGUGGGGAUCCUGGCACAGCUGGAAUUGCACACGGGGAGAAAGGCCCCCAGUGGGCUCUUCGCUGUCAUAAUGGAGUACGGAAGGAACUUCUCCGGAGCUGACAAGGAUGUUUUCUACUACAAUCGAGCAGUGGGGGAGGCACAGCAUGCCUGGCAGUCCAACUUCUUGCACCCUGUUAUUUAUUACUACAAACGCCUCCCUACAGAGCGUAAGAUGAGGCUUCGUCCUCCAGACUGGCCUCUUCCCCGCCCAGAUGCCAUCCAUCAUAUUGUUGAGGAUUUUCUGACAGACUGGACAGCUCCAAAUGCUCAUAUCCUCCCUCUGAGACGUUUCCUGGAGAAUUGCCUGGGCACUGACCUGCGCAAUUUUUUUGCAGAGUCCUGUUUCCUGUUUGCCUUGACCCGCCAGAAACUGCCUCCUUCCUGUCAGCAGGGAUACCUGAGAAUGCAAGGGCUUGUGGGUAGUGAAGGACUCAGGCGCCAUGCAGUAGAAGCUAGCUUGAUGGAGAAUUACACUGUUGUGGACUCUCCAAAUAAGCUACUUGGUGGCCAAAAGGAGCUACAUGACCAGCUGCUGAAGGAUCACGUGAUACCAGGUCGCCCACUGCAGCAUCUCAUAAACACCAAGGAUGAACUUUAACUUUUCACUGUUUAUAUCGAAAUGUAUGAGGACCAUUGUGGUGAUUGCAUAAUGUUGACCUACAGCAGGGUGCCAACCUUUGCCAUGUGCCACUUGGUCCCUGCCCAACCCUUUGCCUAACCAUGAAUUGCCAAAGACCUGCUCAGAUCUGUUCUUACUGAGAAGACCAAUGUGCUUUGAAGGGGAAAUAAGGAGCUGAGAUCCAGCAGUGUUCAGGUUUCUCCUUUGUCCCUGCAGAGCCCACAGUUGCCUGAUGACAGUGUUGUAUUCAUCUUGUAGACCAAUGCCUGGAGCAGCAUCCAGAGGUCAAGGGGGAUACACAGAUUGUGAAACAUCACAUCCUGUGGUGGUCCACUGACGACUACCUGGCUACUGGAUGCUGCAUCCAGCCCAGUCUCAUGUGUACUUGAAGAACUGUAUAUUUGCCAGACGUAUCAGUGGUACUAUAGGGCAGCCUUCAGAAAUUAGACAUUUCCUGCACUUGUUGGGGGGACAGAAGGAACAAUAUUUCUAGUUUUAAUGGGGAGGGGGGCAUCACAGUCUGUUACAUUCGGGAUGGUGGGGGAGGGGUGCGGGAGAAGAGGCACAAGGUCCAUCCUACUCCUCCAAGGGUGAACAGCUUAGCAAGCUUAGAUCCCAGUGAGAGUUGUCGUUAGAGUGGCCCACCUAUCUUUCCUUUCCCUCCCAUGCCAAAUAGCCCUGGUGUGGAAGGAGAGUCCCUGUAUUUGUUUAGUAGAAUAUCUGUCCCGUUUGCACUGUCACUCCCAAAGGUUUCCAGUGCAUUUCAGUCAAGUUAAAAGGCUUACCCUACAUUUCUUUCCCAAGUAUUCCUAUUUAUAUCUUUCACACAUUGGUCAGUAAGCUGUUUGCACUUUAUUGCUGCCCCCACAUCUGUCACUACUGAAAACUGAUGAUUGGAGCCCUGGAUUUGGAAUGUGAGAGGAGCCUUCCUAACGUACCUCCGAUUUCUAGGAGAUGGAGAAGGGAAUACGCUUUCUCUGGUGUUUAUAUCCAUGGGAAUGAUUCUGAAGUUGGGUUGGGAUGGUUUUAUCUGGAUAAUUUUUCCUCAACAGCUGAGCCCUAAAUGACAUCUCACACGACCCCUUUAAGCUUUCUGGCUCUUCCUAUAAGAUAUUAGCUCUUGUAGCUACUCUUUUUUCUUUUUUUCAAAAAAGUCAGGUGGUAGUUGAGGUGGGUGAAUGGUUGAAAGGGAUUUAAUUCCUAACUGGGAAGCUGGGCUUACCCUGAUGACAAUACUGCUGACGCAGCUGUCAGAGGAGCCCCUGGACAAACUGCUGUAGGGUUGAUAAUGUGAAACAGAGAGUCAGAUUCUUAGCUGCUGUCAAUGGAGUAAUGUCUUUGUAUUUUAAGAAGACUAUAGCCACGAAUACAUCUUCAGAAUCCAACCCUUAAAUUUGCCAAGCAGCAACAGUACUCACCAAUCCUGGACCUGUUUGCAGCAUAAUGGGCUGCCCACUUGUGGACUGCCAGGGGAGGGACUGAAAGACAAGAAAGUGACAACAGGUCCAUCAGACCUAAAGGAUCAAAUCUGUUAUUUAAGGAAUGCUGAAGCCAAGAGCAGGGCCACUGUAUAUACACACUUGAAGACAAGCACCCUUUCUCACUUUCCUUUCACUUGUUGCCACAGAAGACUGUAAAGUCACAGUGUAUGUGUUGCCUUAAGUUGUGAUUUUACUUUGAAAAGGAAUUAUGUAAAAAUGGCACCUUACUGGAGCCACCAACUCCCUGCGUCUGGCAGGGUUAAGGCUGUCAAGGUGAAAGUCAAAAGUUUUUGCUAUUUGCUCUUUCUGCUACCCUCUGCAGAGUCGAUACUACUUAGAGAGUAAACUUGGUUAACUAGAAAUUAUCAAAAAUUCACAGAACUGCUAGCUGAGUUCCAACAUCAUUUUUGGAGAUCUAGAAAUAUGGCAUGCCUGUGGGGUCCCAGGUGGGGAUGGGCAAUAGAAGGGUAGCUUUCUUUUUUAAAAGGGCAGUUCACACAUGGAAGUCACAAAGGAGCAAUAAACUCAGCCCCAGUGAUACCAUUUUUAUAGCUUCUUUUCAUCAAAGAAUUGCACUUUAAGAACUGGUGCCCAGUUACAUUAUUUUAACAGUGUUUCCCAACCAAUGUGCCUUGGCACAAAAGUAUGCCGUCAGAAGUGAACUGUGCCACAGAGUUUUUCCUUGGCAAUCAGCUACAAUAGGUGUGAGGAUGGGGAAUGCCUUAACUGGUGUGCUGUGGAAAAAAAUUAAAGUAAGUGUGCCUUGGGCUGGAAAAGGUUGGGAAACACUGUUUUGUCUGUCCUGUUGAAGUGAAUUAAUGCCCAUAGUAAUUUUGUUGUAUUGCAGACAUGUUUUGUAUGGUUCUAUUCUUCCAAUGAAGUUUAAAAAAAAUACUUAAAAAGCCAA